AUGCAUCUCCAGUCUGCCCUUCUUCUCUGUCUUUCCUCAGCUACUGCAGCCUUCGACCUACAGCCUCGCAACUCCAGCACCAGCAACUGCCCCCCCGUCUGGUCCGACGUUGUCAAAGACCUCGAAAGUGACUUUGCCGGCUGCAACGACAACGCGCACGCUGCCAUCAGAGCGCCAUUUCACGACUGCGUCAUCAACGGUUGCGACGGAAGCCUCAUCCUCGGCGGCGAAUGCUCUCGCUCUGAGAACGCCGGCUUGACCGACGUAUGCAACUACCUCGGCAACAAAGCGACGCAAUACAACGUCGGCGCCGCGGACAUGAUCAGCGUCGCAGCCGCCACCGCCAUCGCUAUCUGCCCCAUGGGUCCUCGCGUCCGCGCGCUUGUCGGACGAACAGACAGCUCGGUUCCCGCACCCGAGGGCCAGAUCCCGUCAACGAGCGACCCCGUGGAUAAAAUCCUCGCGACUUUCGGCGCCGUGGGCAUGUCAGCUCAGGAUGUCGUAGCGCUCGUGGGGUCGCAUACCGUGGCGCGGCAGUCCUUCGAUGAUCCGGAUAAGGCGGGCGCGGCCUUGGAUACGUCUCCCGGCACGUUCGAUAAUACGUUCUACGAGGAAACGAAGGAAGGGACGGCGCCAUAUAGUUUCUCGAGCGAUAGGCGCAUGUCAAACGAUUCGGAGACCGGCGAUACUUGGAACAGGUUUGCAGGCAGCCAGAGUGCCUGGAUUGCGGCCUUUACGGAUGCCUGGAAUAGGUUCACUGUUACUGGGAACGAUGUGGGCAGUUUGCAGGACUGCUCAAGCCUUCUUCCGGGCGGCGGAAGGAAUAAGCGCGAUGCGAUGAGUGCACCGUUUUGUCAUGAAUGCGGACGUAGGGGCGUUCACUUCCGAGGGCGGUCAUGA